AGCCACACAUCAUACCUCCUCCUUCAAUCCCACCCCGCACCUAAAGUAAACAAAAGAAAGAAAGACGACCUUCCUUUCCCCAUUUCCUCUUCUUCUCCUUUACGUCUCUUUCCCCAUAAAUUUCAGAGCCAAUUAAAGCACAAGUAGAAAGAAGCUAAUUAUAACAAGAUCGAAAGAGCUUGUUAAGUUAGUUAUUACCUGCUUUUAUUUGAUCAUAUUCAGUGAAGACAUGAAAGUGUCCUUUACUUGUAAUGAGAGCGUGAAUUCCAAGACAGCAACAGCCACCACCACCACCGCCGCCGCCGCCGCCAGCUACGAACCCAAGUCCGUCCUCGAGCUCCGGCGCAGCCCUGUCCGUCCGUCGUUGGACAGCGACGACCCUCUCCAGCUGGCCGAUCAUGUUCUGGCCAACUUUGAAGAGUGGGACUCUUUGAUGAAAGACUUGGGGCUCAAGUCCGGCGGGGAAGACUUCAUCGCAACAGCCAAACCGACUCAUGAUCAUCAAAACAAUCCUUCCGAGUCGACUCAGUUCUCCGAGUUCCAACUCGCCCAGAACUCGCUCGGCCCAGCUGAUUUUCAGUUCUUCCAGAACCUUCCUCCUCCUCCGCCUCCUCCUCCUGAUCACAACCACCAGUUCCUAUUCUCCGAUGACGCCAGCUGGAACUUGACGGCGUUUGACUACGUGGACGAGCUGAUCCGGUUCGCGGACUGCUUUGACACCGACGCGGCCCAGCUGGCUCAGGUGAUACUGGCGCGGCUCAACCACAAGCUGAGAUCUCCGACCGGAAAGCCGCUCGAGCGAGCAGCCUUCUACUUCAAGGAAUCUCUCCAGUCUCUGCUCACCUGGUCGACUCGGAUGGCGACCCGGCCCGGUUCAUCCGAGAUCGUCCAGACCAUCAAGGCCUACAACAUCUUCUCCAACAUCUCCCCUGUCCCCAUGUUCUCCAGCUUCACGGCGAAUCAAGCCGUCCUCGAGGCCGUGAACGGCUCCCCGCUCGUCCACGUCAUCGACUUCGACAUCGGACUCGGCGGCCACUGGGCUUCUUUCAUGAAAGAGCUCGCCGAUCUGUCGGCUCGAGCCAAGCCGCCGCCGGCUCUCCGGAUAACGGCUCUCGUCCCGGACGAAUACGCCGUCGAGUCGAGACUCAUCCGAGAGAAUUUGACUCAGUUCGCUCGGGAUCUGAACUUGGCCGCUUUUGAGAUCGAUUUCGUGCUGAUCAACACGUUUGAGCUUUUGUCGUUCAAGGCCGUCAAGUUUAUGGACGGAGAGAAAACGGCCGUUAUUUUGUCUCCGUACAUAUUCAGGAAAAUCGGGGCGGGAUUCGUGGCCGAUCUCCGCCGGAUUUCGCCGCACGUGGUGGUGCACGUGGACAGCGAGGGGCUCGUGGGGUUCGGCACGUCUUCGUUCCGGCAGUCGGUGAUCGAAGGGCUGGAGUUUUACUCGACGCUGUUGGAGUCGCUGGAGGCGGCGGCGAACGUUGGCCGCGGCGGAGGCGGCGGAGACUGGCUGAAGAAGAUCGAGACUUACGUCUUGUACCCGAAGAUAAUGGAAAUGGUGGGGGCGGCAGGCCGCCGUGGGACGCCGUGGAGGGAGGCUUUUGUGGCAGCGGGUUUCAGGCCGGUUCUUUUGAGCCAGUUCGCGGAUUUUCAGGCGGAGUGCUUACUUGGCAGGGUACAAGUCAGAGGGUUCCACGUGGCAAAGAGGCAGGCGGAAAUGCUGCUCUGCUGGAACGACCGGGCCCUUGUAGCCACGUCAGCUUGGAGGUGAUGGACCCACUUCUCAUAGUAUCAAAGGAUGAGAUACAUAAAUAGUGUUUUCAUAUACGGGUUACAAGCUAAUUGUUGGAUUAAACUCGUUUAAAAUAACUCAAUGUAGAUUUAUUAUCGUCAUUAGUUAAUUUUUAGCUAAGAAAAUGAUGGUGAUAAUUAUGUUUCCUCCAUUUUUAUAAUUGAUUAUUAUGAUUUUAUUGAUACAUAACAAAAUGUACAAUAACAU